AUGCAUCGGUUUUUCAAAGAACAUUUUGGGCCUUUUAUUCUUAAAAAAGAAAUAAAAUUAAUUAGUUGGCUAAUAUUUUUAUUAUAUAUUUGCUUCUCUUUUUAUGGUUGUGUGAAUAUGAAAGUUGAUAUUUCCCCUAAAAAAUAUAUUAGAGAUAAUUCUCCAAUACAAACUUUUGUGUAUUUGGCUGAUAAAUAUAUUUGGGCAGAUAAUGUAAUGCCAACAAUACAUAUAAUGGACCCUCCAGAUUUUAGAAAUUCUUCACAGAGGGCUAAAUUUAAUGAAAUGGUUUUCAGAUUAGAAAAUACAAAUUACAGUAUUGGAAGAGUUUCGACUAAUUUAUGGUUAUGGGAAUAUCAAUCAUAUUUAAAUGAUUUUCCCCAAGUUAUUUAUGAAAGAGAUUUUUAUAAACGUUUUCAUCUUCGAAAUUUCUUUUCUCAAUUUGAUUAUCAACAAUUUAGAGGAAUGGUUAAAAUCAGAGAUGAUGUCCCUGAUGGGGAACCUUGUAUUAAAGCUUUUACUUUCCAAACAAGUUUUUAUGGUUUAAAUUCUUGGGAAAAACGUCAAACAGAACUUUUUCGUUGGAGAAGAAUUUUAAAUGAAUAUCCAGAAAUUAAAGCUUUUUUGGCUGGAAUAUUUUCCCCUUUUUUAAUUGAUCAAAGAAAAACUAUUGCCCCUUCCUCUAUGCAAUCUGUUGGUUCUGCUGUAGCCGUAAUGACUUUAAUUUCUUUAUUUUUCCUUCCGGAUAAACAAUCUGUUUUUGUAAUGUCUUUUUCUUUAAUUUCAAUUUCUAUGGGUGUUUGUGGAUUUCUUUGUCUUUGGGGGUCUGAAUUAGAUUCUGUCUCUAUGGGAUGUUGGUUUUUUUUUAAAUUUUUUAUUUAA